AUGGCUAUCACUCAGCUCACUAGCGCUAGUGACUUCAAGAAGUUCAUUUCCGAGCACAGGUUAUCUAUUGUGCACUUCUACGCGCCAUGGGCGGCUUCUUGCGAGCAAGUGAACAAGGAGGACGCGAAGUCGAUUCCUUCCGUGGGAUUUGCAUUUAUUGAUGCAGAGGGUGUAGCAGAAGUUUCUGCAACGCAUUCGAUCGCAGCUGCUCCACGCGUGGUGUACUUCAAGGCAGGAUGGGAGAGAGAUGGAGUCGCCUGUGACGCAGCACCGCUUAAUUCGCAGCCGAAACCUAAAGAGGAUUUGAAUACUCGAUUGAAAAGGCUUAUUGAAUCUCAUCGAUUAAUGCUGUUUAUGAAGGGAUCGCCUGACAACCCAAAAUGCGGAUUCUCGAAGCAAACAGUUGCAUUAUUGAAUGAGAUCGGAGCUACAUUUGGUUCAUUUGAUAUUCUAAGCGAUGAGGAGGUUAGGCAAGGACUCAAGACAUAUUCAAACUGGCCAACAUAUCCACAAUUGUACUUGGAUGGCGAGCUCAUUGGAGGCCUUGAUGUCAUUCGUGAAGAGCUCAAGGAUGCUGACUUCGUUGCCAAAUUACCGAAAAAGGAGGAGAACGAUCUGAAUGCCCGGUUGAAGAAACUUAUCAACAAGCAUAAGUUGAUGUUGUUCAUGAAAGGUGAUCGCUAUGAGCCGCAAUGUGGAUUCUCUCGUCAAAUAAUUCAGCUGCUCGACGGAGUUAAAGCAGAUUACGAAACGUUUGACAUUCUUAAGGACGAAGAAGUGCGCCAAGGUCUC